AUGUGCAUCGUCUCUUUUCCACCCACCAAGCCCGCUCUCCCUUCUCGGUCUGCUGCAUACCAUCCCCAUGGCCCGACUCUCCCGAUGCAACACCAUGCAGGCCCCCAUUCAGGGACCGAAUCUCCAUUCACUCACAUGCCCUCGCUUAUCAAUGGCUUGAGGCCCGCGUUUAUUCGUCCCCCACGAGUGCUUGUCGGCUUGACGUGCGCCCGUGCUACUCUAGACCGAAUUGGCUUGUGCAGUGGCGGCAACCGAAAGACGCAAAGACGCCCCCGCGCCCCACGAUCACGAUGUUGCGCCAAACAGGUGGCUAGAGGUACGUGUAGCGAAGUCCAGGGCUGCAGUCACACGAAGCGAGCGUGCCUACUUGGGAGCAUGUCAAGUGGACUGGACGGCUUCUGCAUCAAGCAUGGCCUCAACCCUGUCUUCUUUUCACCACAGCUGGCUCCUUUCUGCGAGAGUGUGGAUAAGACGUCCACUCGGCUGCGUGCAAAGCGAAAACUCUGCACGUCUGGCUUCACCUAUAGGACAAGCUUUUGCUUGCACACCAUCUCUCUCCUCACGCCACCUGGCACACCACUCAGUCGCAUCUACAGUACAACCUACAUUGUCCUUAUGUCGAGCAUACCAAGUGCAACAAUUACCUUCUACGAAUGUUGCACACGUCCAUACCUUUUCUUUUCCAAGAUGGUAAUGACUGAUACCGUAACCCAAGAUACAAGGGAGUACAGAAUGGCCCAGUACCUUGGUUUGCAGCUCAUUGACCUCGAGAAAGGAUCCUACUGGAAGACAGCAAGCAUGUACCGUAUGAUAACAGCAGUAUCCAGUUCAGACAUCUGCGACCGUCGACGAUUCGCCAGACAAACAGGUACCACAACACCAGUACAGGGCAAUCCAAGGUGA